CCAAUAUCUCCUCCUUUCUUCUUAUCCUUCAACCAUCAAGAAAAUGGCUUCCCUCUUCGGAUCUCCACCUUUUCUCUCUUACCCUAUUCAAAAAACACACCAUUUUUCUUCCUUUCAUUCUCCACCACAGUCUUUAAGCACUACAUCCUCAGAACCAGUUUUUCCUAGUGAAAAAGUGCAACAAAAGGUCAAAAUGAACCGGUUAGUUGAUGAGUCUACAGAUUCAAUAGCUUCGUCUUUAACAAGGAGAUUUGGGCUUGGAGCUAGCCUUGCUUGGGCAGGAUCCCUAGCCUUUAGUGUGAUAUCGGAACAGAUGAAAAAUGAGCAUCAAGUCUCUCAAAAUGAAGCAAAUACAAGGGUUGUAGAGGAGCAAGAAGAGGUAGUAUUGCCUAAUGGCAUAAGGUACUAUGAGUUGAGAGUUGGUGGCGGUUCAUCGCCGAAGUCUGGGGAUAUGAUGGUGAUUGAUCUCAAGGGCAAAGUCAAAGGAACCAAUCAACCAUUUGUCGACACAUUCAGUUGUGAAAAGAAACCACUAGCAUUGUUAACAGGGUCUAGGCCAUAUACAAAGGGAAUGUGUGAAGGGAUAGAGUAUGUUUCUAGGUCGAUGAAGGGUGGUGGCAAGAGAAGGGUAAUUGUCCCUCCAAACUUAGGGUUUGGAGAGAAGGGAAUAGAACUGGGUUAUGGCCUUAAAAUCCCACCAAAUGCUACUCUUGAGUAUAUUGUGGAGGUUGAUCAAGUUUCCAUUGCUCUUGUCUGAUGUUUGUCAUGGAAUUAUAUGGAAGAAAUAAGUAUAGAUUUAUUGAUCUUACAAGUUUCAAUCUUUAUAAUGAUAGAAGGGAAGUUUAAGCUC